AUGUUUGAUGUAGGUGGACAGAGGGAUGAACGCAGGAAGUGGAUCCAGUGCUUCAACGAUGUGACAGCCAUCAUCUUUGUGGCGGCGAGCAGCAGCUACAACAUGGUGAUCAGAGAGGACAACUCAACCAAUCGGCUGCGAGAAUCUCUGGACCUCUUCAGAUCCAUCUGGACCAAUAGGUUUUUAAAGACCAUCUCAGUGAUCUUGUUCCUGAACAAACAGGAUGUUCUCGCUGACAAGAUUCUGGCUGGAAAAUCCAAACUGGAGGAUUAUUUCCCCGAGUACACCACCUACCAAGUGCCUCCUGAAUCUGUUCCAGACGCUGAUGAAGACCCGCAAGUUACCAGAGCCAAGUUCUUCAUCAGAGACGAGUUCCUGAGGAUCAGCACCGCCAGUGGAGAUGCAAAACAUUACUGUUAUCCUCACUUCACCUGCGCCAUCGACACUGAGAACAUCCGCCGCGUCUUCAAUGACUGUCGGGACAUCAUCCAGCGCAUGCACCUGCGCCAGUACGAGCUGCUCUGA